ACACUCUCUUCAUGGGCUAAUUCCAGUGUUGAAGAAGUUGCUUCCAAAUGGCCAGGGAUCCUAUUCUUCCACCUCUAUCUUGUGAGAAGAGCCGAGAAGGCUGGGUUCCAAACUAUUGCUCUCGCUGUAGACAUCCCAAUGCUAGUUUGCAGAGAGUCUGAUAUCAACAACAGGUUCACUUUGCUUCCAAACCUGACAUUCAAGAAUGAUUCAGCUGAGAACGAAGUUGAA